UUCCAGAUGUUGAAGUAAAAGGAGAGUAUUCUAGCUAUUAUCUCUUGGUACAAGGUAAUGGCAGUAGAAGAUGUAAAGCCACAAUGCUUCACUCGGCCAACCAGAUAAAUGGCUCCUUUGCCCUUACUUUAAUUCAUGGAAAGAUGAAAACAAAGACAGAAGAAGCCAAAUUGAGCUUCCCUUUUGACUUAUUAUCACUUCCAUGUUUUUCUGAGGAACAAGUUGUACAGAGAGAGAAACAGUUAGCUAAUGUGCAAGUUUUGGCUUUGAAAGAAUGCCUGAAAAGGAGAAAGUUGGCAAAGCAGCCUGAAGCAAUUUCUGUUGAUGAACUUAAAAGUCUGUUAGUACUCACAAGGGAACGCUUUUUACAUCAUUUUGAUGCUCUUAUUCCUAAAACAGUUGUAAGACCAACUGACAAAAUUAAAACCUCCAAUAUGUUAAAUGCUGCCUGUCCAGUAAAAUCUGAUUCUUCAAAUCUAAUGGAAGCCAGUUCUCUGGAAUGGCCAGAAAGAUAUGUUCUUCACAACUUAGAAACUUUUGAAAAAGCUAAGCAAAAAAUGAGAACUGGUUCAUUACCUCGUUCAUCAGAACAGUUGCUGGGCCACAAAGAAGGUCCACGGGAUUCAAUCACAUUAUUGGAUGCUAAAGAAUUGCUGAAAUACUUCACCUCAGAUGGAUUCCCAGUGGGAGAUCUUCAACCUUUACAGAUUCAAAAGGGAGAAAAGAGUUUUGUUUUGACACCAGAACUUAGUCCUCGGAAACUUCAGGUCUUACCUUUUGAAAAAGCCUCAGUAUGUCAUUAUCAUGGAAUUGAAUAUUGUUUAGAUGACCGAAAAUCUUUAGAAAGAGAUGGGGGAUUUUCUGAACUUCAGUCUCGUCUUAUUCGUUAUGAAACUCAAACUACCUGCACCAGAGAAAGCUUUCCAGUCCCUACAGUGUUGAGCCCUCUUCCAUCUCCUGCAGUUCUGUCAGAGCCUGGGAGUGUUCCUGAUGGAGAAGCUUUGCAAAGUGAACUACGAACUGAGAUACCUCRGGUGAAACGGAGAUCUCAAGAUCUGAAUUGCCUUCAUCCCCCCAAAAGACUUGUGAAGUCUGUAAGUUCAGAUUCUCUUUCUCAAAUGAGUGGCAGUAGUAACCAUCACCAUCAUGUGGUGACAUCCAGAAAGCCACAGGCAGAGCGGUCAUCAUCAAUGACUGGUCCAUUGGUUCCAGUCCCUGCCUGUGAAACUCCAAAAGUCACUACAAAGGCCAGUUCUGUUCCAAAAAACGUGCAUGCGUCGAAGACAUCAAAGCAUACUAAGGAAUCAAGAUCACAGAAACAUACACGGAUACUGAAAGAAGUAGUAACUGAAACCCUGAAGAAACACCGGAUCACAGAGGCUCAUGAGUGCUUCACUGCAUGCAGCCAGCGCCUCUUUGAAAUCUCCAAGGUCUAUCUAAAGGAUCUGAAAACUUCAAGGGGUCUAUUUCAAGAAAUGAAGAAGACAGCAAGCAACAAUGCUGUACAGGUGAUUGAAUGGGUAUUAGAAAAGACAAGCAAGAAAUGA